AUGUCCGAUUCGAACGACGCAACAACUACAGCCUCGCAGUCUGCGGCACCGCUAGGGCUCCCUGCGCCUUCCGAUGCACCCGCCAACGACGAACCCAGCAACGUCAUCAAGCUGGAUCAUCUCGGGCCCAUGAUCGUCAACUCGGACGGCACCAUCUCGAGAAUCGCCAACUGGCAGAACAUGAGCGAGAUCGAAAAGCAAAGGUCUCUCCGACUGCUGGCAAAGCGCAACAAUGCUAGGAUACAGAGCUUGAAAGCAAGCCAGGCGCAGUAG